CGCAAUGCAAGAAUGGCUCUCCAUGGUACUUAAAGGGAGCCUGCGAUUGCCCAGCAGGAUUCACCGGUGAAACGUGCCUAGCAUUCGACUGUGUGCAUGGUAUGCUGGACUCGGAGAGCAACACGUGUUCGUGCGACGAUGGAUGGACUGGAGUGCUAUGCGACU